AUGGAACAAUUACUUCUCGGCAGCAUGAUAGAGUUGAGGUUGAUGUAUGUAUUGAGGGCUCGUGCGAGGAGAGAUGACAUAAAGGCUUUGUAUAUCCGGGCGGGGGGAGUAACACCUACCGAUUCUCACAAGAGGCAGUUGGCAGCUGACCAGUUUCGUGCACCCCGCAAUAUACAGUGUAGAGGAUCUAGACCUCUUAUUGGAUGGACGAGAGAUGAUGAGGCAGUUGAUGUUCAAGCAGCAGUUCAAGAUGACAUGCAAAUGGUGCCGAAGACAGAGGUGCCACAUCCUUUUGAGACGACAGAGGUGCCUCAUUCUUCUGAGACGGAGGCUCUGACUGCUAUAGAGAUUUCUCCGCGGAAGACUAUUGAGGUGUCCGCUAUGGAUGAUGUAUAG